AUGAGCCACACGCAAUCGUUAGAUGAUCGUGGAAGUAAGCGACAGCAGCACACGACUACAUCCGCACCAAUACCGCUGCGACUCGCCACAGCAUCCACGGUACCAGCGACGGUAACGGGAGCGACCGGUCGCUUUGUGACGCCGCUCAGUCGCACGGUAACGGGCCACACAGCUUCAGCCUUCAAUCUGACCCGAAGCAUACCAAAUCUAGCGGCCAGUGCUGCCAGCAUUGGCAGUGCCGCUUCGCAUGUGGUCGCCGGCAAAAGUCGUACGAUAGCGGCCAACGACAGUGAGCUGUUGGAUUCCGGUAGUGGAGGUGCGUACAAUUCAGCACCGGACGAUGGGCGAUCGUCGAACGAUUCGCUGCCGUUCACGUUUCCGACGAUCUUCGCAACGGAGCAAACGCUAUCCAGCCCCGGCUAUCCGGCGUCGUACCCUACCGAGGGCAGCUCCCUUGUCGGGGAUAUUGUCGCCACGACCACCAGUGCGAUCGCGACAGUUGGAUCGGUCGAUCCGACCGCACACCAGAUCGAAAUGCCAAAAGGGAUGGACGAACACUUUCUCAUCGCCAACUGGCAGGAUUGCGUCGUUGUGAUACUGUUCUGUCUGCUGAUCGUAGUGACCGUGAUCGGUAACACGCUCGUCAUACUGUCGGUCAUCACGACGCGCCGUCUGCGCACCGUUACCAACUGUUUCGUGAUGAGUCUGGCGGUGGCCGAUUGGCUCGUCGGUAUCUUCGUCAUGCCUCCAGCCGUAGCGGUUCAUCUGAUAGGGUCCUGGCCGCUCGGAUGGAUUCUGUGUGAUAUAUGGAUCUCAUUAGACGUACUCCUAUGUACAGCAUCAAUUCUCAGCCUUUGUGCCAUUAGUAUAGAUAGAUAUCUAGCCGUAACGCAACCAUUAAAUUAUUCCCGUCGUCGGCGGUCGAAACGGUUGGCGCUGCUGAUGAUCCUGGUCGUAUGGGUGCUGGCACUGGCCAUCACAUGUCCCCCGAUUCUCGGAUGGUACGAACCGGGCCGGCGGGAGCUGGACCAGUGCCGUUACAACCAAAACGAAGGCUACGUCGUGUUCUCGGCCAUGGGCUCAUUCUUCAUACCGAUGACGGUGAUGGUGUACGUGUACGUACGGAUAUCAUGCGUUGUCGCCUCCCGGCACGACAAGAUGACGGAAAUCGAAGUCCACAAGAAAAGUCACCGCAUUCGUGAACCCGAGGAAGAUGGCUAUCAGUCGGAGCUGGAUCCGAUCCCGUUGAGUCCGAAGCGAAAGCGUUCCUCGUCGCAGCUUUCCACCGCCACGACGACGUACGUCGCCCAGCUGGGACCGAUGCUGGACGACAGCGGACCGUUGAAGCCGGCUACCAAACGAAACAACCACAAACACGGGCCCUACGAAUUGAUGGACAUGAGUACGGCCGGCGGUGGAACGCUAAACAAAACCGCAAUCCUUGCUACGGCCGGUAACGGGACAGGCGGAACGGCUGCUGAUGGCCAUCAGGAGCAGCAGCAGCAGCAGCAGCGACGAACGUGCGAUGAUGGAACGGCUGGUCUUGACGCGAUUGUCGAUGAUCCGGUCGUCGAUCCCGAUAGGCCCGGCAGUGGUAGCACCGAGAGCAAUGCGAGCAACGCUGGCGCUACGGCCCCGGCCGGUACCGUCUCGACCAAUUACAACCAACUUCCAGCGACGGGUUCGGAACGCUGGACGCCGGGCAAUAACGUUUUCAAUCAACAAAGCCACAAACCACAAUCCCAUUCGAUGGCCGGUUUCGUCCCAAGCGGGGCUUCGUCCCCACCGCCAAACCAUGCGCAGCAGCAUUUCCACCACCAUCAUCAUCACCACCAUCACCAUCAUCACCACCAUCACGAGGGGCGACCGACGGCGGCCCUGGCGGCGGCCGGCGGUGGGCUUCGACGGAACAACACGGUCAACACCUCCAUCACGACCUCGACCUGUAGCACGGUACAGCUGGUGGGUGGACGGUCCGGUGGCAACAACAUCCGCAUCCACCAGAAGUCCCUCUCGUCCCGCAUCUCCUCGAUGAAGCGGGAGAACAAGACGACCCAAACGCUCAGCAUCGUCGUCGGUGGCUUCAUUGCCUGCUGGUUGCCGUUCUUCAUACACUACAUCAUCACGCCGUUCCUGCCGAAGGACUGGACCGUACCGAAGCUGGGCGAAUUCUUCACCUGGCUCGGGUGGAUCAACAGUGCGAUCAAUCCGUUCAUCUACGCCUUUUACAGCGUUGACUUUCGGGCUGCCUUCUGGCGCUUAACGCUGCGACGGUUCUUCCGCAACAGCGAGAAGGCCCCGUUCGCCAACAUACACCAACUUUCGAUGCGUGCACGAUGA